AUACCUUUGUUUUGAAUUGUAUUUUUCCAAUUAAGAAGAGUUCGGUGAAUGCGCAUAUGAAACUGGUGGGGGUCAGUACCUCCAACAAGGUUAAGAACCACUGUUGUAGAAUGUAAAACCUCAAAAGUACACUGUCCUCAAUUGAAGGAAGUAUUCCAUAUUUGGCGUUUGGUGUAUAUUUAUACUUUGAUUGAUAUACUUUAUUUGUUUCAUCGCCAAUUUCCCACCACUGGUAAAGACGUAGAGAGUCGUUUUGGAAAUGACCCUUGUGUCUCGCCUGUGAUUCAGAGAAGUAUCUUAAGAUGACACAAGUGCAGUAAAUGGUAAACAACCUACACACGUCGCUUGACGGCUUGCACCAAAACAGUGAUACGGGAAGCUUCCAGACCGACCCCUCAUCUCUAGGGAUGUCACCGCUAUUUUUAAGUGGUGUGUGUGUGUGAUGGUGACAGCAGAGGUUGCUGGCUGUCUGGAGACACUGGAGUUGUGUCAGGCUUGUUGCGUGCUUACAGGCGAUAUCUGACCAGAGCGCUUCUCAUCUUCCAAAUUUCGCCACUGGCUCUGUGUGGUGUCGCGUCUUAAAAUAGCCAGGCGAAAAGUAUAAAAGGCCUGACACGGGGAGGCUUGUUGAUAGACGGCGAAUCACCAGACCGCAACUGAGCUGCUCUGAGAAGCAGGCUUGAUCUCUGCAGGACUACGAUUGACCUCUUCUGCUCAGAUUUUUAAGACUUGAAGAAAGUCAAACUUAAAAUUUGUAAGGGUAUUGCUGUUAGGGUAUUUUUUUUUUCCACGAUGAAAUACUUCCAUUGCCCCAUAUCUCAAACUAUGGGAAUCGAGGCCCGGGACUGUGGCAUCCUGGUCACCUGCAAGAAGGCUGCUUCUCUGAAGCCCCUCCGCAGUGUGCACUUCCCCAAUGACGUUGUUUUCCUGGAUUAUAUUCGACAAGGGGAGCUGGAGAGGAUUGGACUUUUCAUACGAGCCAGAAGAGUUAACCUGGACACCAUCUACCAUUCUGGCAUGGCCGCCAUACACGAGGCCGUCCUGUCCGGGAACCUGGAGUGUGUGAAGCUGCUGGUCAACCACGGAGCCGAUGUCCACCAGAGGGACGAGGAGGGGUGGACCCCACUGCACAUGGCCUGCAGCGACGGCUUCCCACACGUUGCACGCUACCUUCUCGAGCUGGGCGCCGACCCCGAGCUGGAAAACGACUGCGGGGAGAAACCGUCUGACCUCAUCGACCUGGACAACAGGGAGCUGUUGGAGCUCUUCGGGCUGGCCGUCGACGACUGAAAACAUGUGACUUUAAAAGCCACAAGCUCAGCUGGAGCCAAGCGUCCGGUCAAUCGACUGUUCUACGGCGAUCGACAGAAGAGGCCACGUCAGUCCAGCCAUCUGAUUGGGCAAAGCAGCCUCGGCUCUAGAGGUCAAAGACUCUGGAUGUGUGGUGGAAAGAGGGCUGCUGGAGCCCGUCGGCUAACUCCAGACGGGAGAGAACUUCUGCUGGCAAAGGGCUUUACCUGAACUGCAUCAGUAGAGUGUUGUGGAAGAGCUGCCGGCCUUUUGGUACUGCAAUGAAGUAAAUUGAACAUUUUAUUUUAUUUUUUUAUUGGGUUGUUGAUGGAAUUGUGUUUGUUUUGUGAAACUGUUUCACUGUCAGCUCAUUAGCACCUCUCUGAAAACUAAGACAAUCUUUUCAUAGCUGACAAUUACAAAACCAUGUAUUCUCUCCUUCAGACCACUUUCAACUUUAUUCAGUAGUUUGUAAAAUGACUUUUUAUACUUGUCUUUUCAAAUAAAACGUACAUUAAAAAGACAAUUGAUGCACCAUUU